AUGAUAUAGAAAAAAAUACCAAAGGCGUCACACGAUGUUGGUAUUUUUGUUGUAAAAUUUCUUUACAAAACUAAACUGCAGUGCAAUAUUAUUAUAACGAAAACCAACGAUGUGUUGUUGUUCAAGAAAUAAAUUGUGAUUAAAAUUAUACAGUUACCAGCUAAAAUUAUACAGUGAUGAACAGAGAAUGGCGGACGUUGUCAAAUUGGGAUACUUGAUAACAUUUUUAGUAAUAAAUUGUUGUAUUGGUUUACCCGGCCUCAACACCUUAAGUAAUGAUGGAGAACCAGAAACCACAUAUGUACCAGAGACACAUGGCAUUGAUGAUCCAAUUGCUCUUGAUCAUAUGAUGGUACACCACCCCAGAUAUAGGUGUCAUCAAUGCGAGUCUCAGGACUGUGAGUGGUCCCCGCGCGAGUGCUCGGACGCGUUGUAUUGUUACAAGGCAUCGGUGCGCGCUGCGGACGGCGCGCUGCAGCACUCGCGCGGCUGCAGCAGCACCAGCGACCAUUACCAGUUCACGUGCCGCACCACGCAACGGCAGGGGAAACGUCAUGCCGGUCAAUUGAACAUCACAUGCUGCAAAGGUGACUUAUGUAACGACGGGAAUUUUCCCGAUCUACCUCCUGUUGCUGACACAUCUAUAGAGCCUUUACCCUCCAAUAAAUGGAAGUUGUGGGCCAGUGUGAUAGCUUCAGUCCUUAUAGUGAGCGCUAUAGGAGCUAUGGCUAUAUUCGUGUUGCGCAGGAGUCACAGAUUGCGCGUGUCCAGGGCUGCGCUUCAUAAAUUAGGCGCCGAUUCUAAUUACUUCUCCAGCAAUUUGUACAGUCCACAUGUUACCAGCGCGUAUUAUGAAGGCGUGGAGGGGUCGCAGAACGGUUGCGGUCUCCGCGCGGUGGCAGCGGGGGACUCGACGCUGCGCGAGUACCUCGAGUGCAGCGUCACCUCCGGUUCCGGUUCCGGCCUGCCGCUGAUGGUGCAGCGCACACUCGCCAAGCAGGUCACGCUCAUAGACUGCGUCGGCAAGGGUCGAUACGGUGAGGUAUGGCGUGGUUCAUGGUAUGCUGACAGCGUUGCCGUCAAGAUAUUCUUCUCACGUGACGAAGCAAGCUGGAGACGAGAAACUGAAAUAUACAGUACUGUGUUGUUACGUCACGACAAUAUACUCGCGUAUGUUGGCAGCGACUGUACCAGCAGAGGGAGUUGUACACAGCUGUGGUUGAUAACCCACUUCCACCCGUUGGGCUCGCUGUACGAACACUUGAGCCGGAGCGCGCUCACGCGGCAUCAAAUGAUGGCACUAUGCCUGUCCGCAGCUAACGGACUGCUGCAUCUCCACACCGAAAUACACGGAACACAGGGUAAGCCGGGCAUCGCCCAUCGCGACAUAAAGACUAAGAACAUUCUAGUGAAAGUGAACGGCGAGUGUUGUAUAGCGGACCUUGGGCUGGCAGUGACAAGAGCACACGUGGCCCAUUCCACACCAGACCCACGACAGGGAACCAAGAGAUAUAUGAGUCCCGAAGCACUGGACAACAGCAUGAACGCGGAAUGUUUCGAGUCGUACCUGAAGUGUGACAUAUACGCGUUCGGUCUGGUCCUGUGGGAGGUGUGCAGGCGCGUAAGGCCCGCGCGCGAGUACCGCCCGCCGUACUACGAGGUCGCGCCCAACGACCCCACAUACGACGACAUGAGGAAGAUCGUGUGCACGGACGCUGCCCGGCCCACGCCCUCCGACGAUACACAUCCGACAAUGGUGGGUAUGGCGAACCUGAUGCGAGAGUGUUGGCAUCAGAACGCGGCGGUGCGACUACCCGCGUUACGUAUCAAGAAAACUUUACUGAAACUUGCCGCCAGCGAUACCUCCAUACGACUGGCGGACGAUAACGAGGUGCCAGUUUGAACGUACCCUUAUAGAACACUAAGUUCCAACUAAAAUAUAGUAUAAUUAAUGUUGACCAUGACCGAACGUACGGUCAUAUUUUAUAGUGAGUCUUAUUUCAAUUGUUUACUUGACGAUUAUAAUAAUACUAGCAUUCCGCUAGCGGCUUUGCCCGCGUGGUCCUUUAUUAUACAUAUACAGUGCUAUUAAUAAACAAGGUUUAGCGUCAGAGAAAAUUUACGUUAAAAAUGCAAUUUUAAUAUUAGUCCAAAUUCAUAUUAUACAGGGAAUAAGCAAACCUUCUAGGAGUAAAUAUUACUCCCGUAGAACCACAUACUAAGUUAACCUUUGCUAAGUCUCUAUUUAAUAAUAUGAAUUUUAAAUAAUACGAAGUGCAUUCUCAGCGUGAAUUUACUCCAAUGCUAAACCUUGUUUAUUAAUACCUCAGAUAAGGUUUCCUCUUGAAUCACAAUCCAAAUGAUGAGUUAUUAGUCCUUUUUGAUGAGCUUCUUUUGUAGAUAAUACAUGUAUAAUGAUCAAAGUACCCUUAAUAGUUGAAGGAACAAUGAAUUAGCCACUUAAUGAAGUGUCUAAACAGGUUUUAGUGUUAAAUUUUCUAUUUCUAGAAAUAAGUUGACUAGUAGUCUCGAUAUUUCAGUCUAGACGUUUAAUAUAAUGACUAGGCUAAUCCAUUUUGAUAAUAAAAAGUGAUAUGUUGGAAAUGUGUGCCUAUAUGUAUAAUAGGAAAAAAUGUUAUCGUCUGAAAAUUGAAUUAAAAUAUAAAAUAUAUAUUAAUUAUGAUUUCGGUAACGCGAUCCAAAUACAGUUGUGGAAGCGAGAUAGCGGUGUCUCAUAUUAACAACAGAGUUUGUUGUGUUUAAGCGAUAUUAAGACUCCCGGAACUUUUAUAUUUAAUGUAUAGUAUUGUCUUUGUAUUGUUAUUGUAUAAACACACAGACUUCAGACAAUGCUAAUAUCUUGUCUCGUCUCGGUAAUAAAACCUGGAAACGACUACGCCGAAUUCGGCUUAUUAGCAAAACCAUAAACAUACGUACUCCAGACAAUACAAAGAUCUUUCCGUAUAUUGUCUCGCCUCGGUAUUGAAACCUGGAAACGAUUAUGCCGAAUUUGGUUUACUAACACCUAAGCACGAAAAAUUAUAUACAAUGCUAACCAAUUUGUAUCUAGCAGAACGUGGAAAAAUGUUGUAUUUACGGGGGUAGAUGUAUAGACGUAUUGUAGAUACUGCACAGAAAUCAUACGUGCAGCUGUCGCUGGAAAGAGAGGGAAGACCGUGGUACCCUGUUUAUCUCUUUCGGAAGCAAAACAGACGAUUGUCUAUACAUAGCAGUCUUCUAUUGUGUACGCGUCAGUAAAGAGAAAGAUAUUGUACUGAUUUUUUCACUCUUUUUAACAUACAGACGUUUUUAAUAGGGAAUAUGCACAUUUUUUUAAAGGUUUUCAUACGAUACUUUACAUCGUUAUAUAACUAAAAAUAAAUAUCCGGCGCCGGCACAAAUUUUAGAAAAUAAGUAACCACUACGAGCAGUUUAAACGUCGGAAUUUUUGGCGCGCUU